AAGGCUUAACAAGUGCUUUCUUCCGAUGGCAAAAUAUUUUAGUUAAAUUCGCAUUUUUAAAGAAAUUUUAGAACCAGCGUGUGAGAGGGUCACGUGACCGCGCUCGGCUAGAUGAAAUUUCAGGUCCCAUCAACAGCUCCCGUCUUCGCUUUGCGAUCGUAUCACUUUCCGUGGAAACGCCCCCAUAAGCCCCGCCAGGUCCUUUUCGCUUUGCUUUCCAGUCAUUCGAAACAUAGAGGACUCGGGCCAUGUGACGGGACUGUCUGUUUCAUCUCUGUCCUUCCUUCAACUGUGUGCUCCUAUCGCGUUCCCACGUUGUUGAUGGGUGUCGUGGUCCUCGGCUACAUGCUCUGGGUUUUGGCCACUACUGAGUACGGACGGUUCCUCGAGGGUGUCCUGACUUUUACGUACGUCCACAUUGGAGUGGGAGCGGUGUGGUUCGUCACCGGUCUUUGUGGAUGGAUAGGUUCUUACAAAAAGGGAGGCGUAGGCAUGAAAAUGUUUCUUGGCCUGGCAGUUAUCAUGGUAGCAGCGGAGGUUGGCGGCAUCGUCGCCCUCAGCAUACUUAAGAUUAAGAUGAUUGACAUCCUCAAGUCGGGUUGGGAGGAAGUCAACGAUCCUACCAAGAAUCUCAUACAAGACAAGUUUGAGUGCUGCGGCUUCACUGGUCCACGAGAAUUCGCCCUGAGUGACAGCCUCAUCGACAAGACCUGUUACCGCAUGGUGGAUGAAACGAGUGAUGUCUCCAUCAAGGAACUCAGGAGGAUCAACAGGGCUGGCUGCCGCGAGAAGCUCGUGGACUUUUUCUACAAGCACAAAGUCAUCUGGAUAGCCAGCUUAGGUGUCUUACUUUUACUCCAGGUGACCGGCAUCCUGCUAUCCGUCUACCUGAUGAAUGCCAAGAAGAGGGAAGGGAAUUCCCCCUCCCUUACUCAUCGCUCAUAUACCACUGGCUACUGAUGACAUCUUUUUACCCCGAAGGCUGUCACAUUGUGUGCCAUCCGACCAAUUUGUGCGCUUUGCGCGGACAGGUCUUAGGAACUAACAAUGCAUCAUCAAUUUUCCAUUCCCAAGUAAAUGCUCCGAAAUUUUGCCUUUAUUCCGAUGUUGGUGACAUCGUUCAUUACUUCCUUGUAAAAUAUAGUUGAUAGGAAUAUAGCGAUGCUAUUAAAAAAGGCUUUAUCUUUCUUGUCUGUUGAAAGCUAGCG